GACAAAAAAUGGAACACACCAGCAGUGUGAGGAGAUCUGAAAGUGGCACAUGGCAGAGUGUGGCGAUGGAGACAGCAGCAAUGGGAGGCCGUACAGGGACCCAUGACACACUCUGGACCUGGCAGCAGCAUGAAGAGGCGGUACAGGGGCCCAUGGCAGAUUACGGCCUGGCUGGCAGCAGCAAUGGGAGGCCCGUAAUCUGCCAGCACCCUAUGACAAAAAAUGGAACACACCAUCAGUGUGUGAGGAGACCUGAAAGUGGCACAUGGCAGAGUGUGGCGAUGGAGACAGCAGCAAUGGGAGGCCGUACAGGGACCCAUGAGACACUGUGGACCUGGCAGCAGCAU